AUGUCGGACCAAAAAUCAGAGGGAAGGGUCUUCACGUUUGUAGACUAUGACAUUAACCGCCGCGGGGUUACCGAGACAGCACGGGCGCAUCUGAUGAAAGAUCGUGUGAGAUCGAAGAGAGAGGCGAGAUCUGAAUGGGUUUCUCGAAACCAGUUCUCGCCAUUGCGAUGGAUGCGACCAAAAGAGGAAAAUGCGCAGCCAAGUCCAGAUCCAACGAAUGCACCGCUUUCCAAAUUUGGCGAAUCAGACAAGGCAAAGAAAAAUCGCAUCUCCCACUAUGCAGCCGUCAUCGACUUCCAGAAGGAUAGUGUUACAGUGUCGCCAUUUCUCAGGAAGCCGCGAUCAGAAUCACCACGUUCGAGGACCGCAGUUAGAUCCGAGCCACGGACCAAGCCGGAAUGCAAGGACAAGUCGUCUGAAAGGGCCGCUGUUGAUAGGAAGAGACGGGCGCGGUCGCCAGGGACAUGCGAUCCCUCAGAAGACUCCAGGUUAAGCAAUUCUCCAUUUAUCGACACGGAAUCGCCCAGAUCCAGUGCCAGCAUCUAUGAUGGGGAGCGUCAUUCUCCACAAAUGCGAUCCAAGUCGAGAAGGGCGAGUACGGAAAGCCGUUCAGAGUUCGGGUUAUCUUUACUCGAAGGUCUGAAGAUCGAAAAUACUCCGCCCGAGCAGCAGGCGACGUUGCAUCAUCACUUUCCUGGAUCCGAAGACGAACCGCAGCGCAUUGUUCUGCGGGAGCUCCAGAAAUCAAUCGAAGGGUUGCCUCUUGUCCUGACGACAACCGAUCGUAAUUUGAUCCGGUAUUUCGCGCUAAACGCAGCAGCCAUGCUGGGGUUGGACAUUUACCCGGAGAUCAUGCAAAAACAUGAUCCGGUGCUCAAACUGUUUCUCCCAUUCGCCAUUUCAAGCCAAUGGUGUUUUGAAACCAUGAUCCUGCUCUUCAGUGCGAACCAUUACCGCAAAUACGGGCCACGGCCCGACAGCGAUUUGUUCGAUGCCGAGAACCACUACCUUGCCGCUCGACAGAACUUCAUCCUUGCACAAACCCGGCAAAGAAUAUCCGCGCUGGCCAGUCAGAAGGAUUCCAGUGACGAAGACGUGGUAGCGUUUCUAUUUUUGGCCCUUUCCGAGUAUUGUACAGGCCACCGACAGAUUGGACUCAUGCACUUCAAAGCCUGGAAAGAAUAUUGCGAAAUGCGACGAGUGCUCGGCAUCAGGCCGUGUGGCCUCCCGUGCAAGACCAUCGUGUGGUGGUGUAUCUCGGUGCUGACCGAGAGCGAUGUAUUGCUGGAUUCGAUUAUUAAUCCUUCCACCAGAUCUCGGGUUAGGGAAGACCCAGGAAAACUGUUCAGAUAUUUUGAGGGUUUCAGUGGGGAGCCGUCUGGUGAGACGGACAGCUUGUCAGUGCCGAUCAAGCUCGACAGACGGAUCACCUGUUGA